UUCCUCCCAACAAACACCCCACACCCCACACCACCAGAAACAAGAACACCACCACCACCACCCCCACCAACAACAACAGCAGCACGGGCAUCUCCACCAAGAGGAUGUCACAGAGAAAAAUAUGCAGAAAGGGAUCCGUGUGUUAUCCUUUGAUACGGCUACCGCUGCUGCUUCUGCUGCUGCCACUGCUACUGUUUAUGAUGAUGGUGGUGGUGUUAAUGGUGGUGGUGAUGGUGGCGGUGGUGGCGGCCUGAAGGUGGACAAUGAGAGGAAAAUACAUGAUAAAGGAACGAAAUAUCCAAGAGAUGGUGGAUACGGAGAAGUGGAGGUGGAGGUUGAGGGGGUGGAAGAAGGAGGGAAGAAAGGAAAAAGAGGAAGGGAAAAAAAAGAGGGAGGAAGAGGAGGAGAAGGUGGAGGAGAUAGAGCAGAAGAAAAAGGAAAAGAAAUGGAAGAAGAAAAGGAAAAAGAAAAAGAAAAAGAAAUGGUAGAAGAAAAGAGAAAAGAAAAAGAAAUGGAAGAAGAAAAGGAAAAAGAAAAAGAGAUAUGUAAUGAUGCUACAACUGUUGUUCAUGUUGAUGAUGAUGAUGGUGAUGGUGGUGAUGAUGUUGCUGGUGAUGAUGGUAGUGGUGGUGAUGUUGGUGAUGAUGCUAGCGCGGAGGAAGAGAGAGACGUUUCGGAAAACGUUGCGAUUCUCAGAGAAAUUUCAAAAGAUAUUCCAUCGGUCUUCAACCCGAUAAAUGACAUUAUCCAGGAAGAUCCGGGUGAGACUACUGAGCCAGUGCCAACGGGAGCAGCAGAGACGAUAGCGGUUCGAACUGCUACUGACGACUACCCCAGUCAGGAUCUCCGCCAUAAUUCUGCCUCACACAUUACCGAAGUAAUAUCGGAGGAAUCUGGUUCUACGAUACAAGAAUCUACGGUAAAGAACCAACGCAAAACUCGAUUGGCGUCCAUUGUCAAGAUGCGUCCGAUACAACAGGAACCCAUAAAAAAUAAGUCAUCUCCCUUUGUUAAAAGAACCGAUAGAAGACCCUCAAAGAUGUUCAAUCGCAAAGUCGUGUCGAAACCAGGAAGGAAAAAUAAGAAAGCAAAGACAGAACAGAAAGUUGGAUUUAAAAUUAGUCAAGUAGAUUAUUCUGGUGAGCUGAAGCAGUUGUACAACACCAACAACAACCAGAACCAGAAAAGACCAAAGAGAAAGAUAGAGAAACGAAGAAAGUCUUCAAUUAGUUCUAAACACAAAGCAAAAUCGAAGAAACAUCACAAAUGGAAGAAGAAAUCAAAGAACAAGCGAGUUAGAAAUAUAUCGUCUGCUGAAACACAAUCCAACCGCCAUGAUGACUCACGUAGAGAAUCCAGUGUUAAAAUGGAGGGGAUAGUUACAAGUCAUUUGAAAUCGCCAAUAAACAUAGGAAAAGAAAAAAGUUUGCUUAGCAGAGCUUCGGAUAACGAGAUUGAAACCUUAAUUGAGGAUGACGUUGAUGGAAGUGUAUCUACAGAACUUGAUUUUAAGCAAAACGAGGAAAUGGAAAAACGUUGUGAUUCCAUCACAAAAGGACAAACAAUGGAAUACGACGAAGGAAAACAAGGAGGAGAAGAAACUACAUACGAAAGGGAUGAAGAAGAUGGUGGAUAUCGACAGGAAGACGACGACAAAUUAACAGAGGGGAGAAACGGAGAGCAUCAUAAACCACAAUACCAACAGUGUCUGCAACAACAGCAAGAAGUGGAUGGAACGGUGGAAACUACUUCAAAAUCUAAAUCCUUGUCGUUAGAUCUUCAGGAAGAAGUGCAGAUCAAAAAUGAAUUGAAACGAAUUUUGACCUCGCAAGCAGGGAAAAUGGCUGCGGUCGACAUGUCACGUGAUUCUACAGAGGUGAGAUCUGUAUGUUUUUUUUUUAUCUUUUACUUUUGCAAUGAUUGUUGUUGUUGUUGUUGUUGUUGUUGUUAUUGUUUUUGUUGCUGUUGUUGCUGUUGUUUAACACUCAAAUCAACUUUGAUUGAACAGAAUUAUGUUGAUCAAAGGAAUUGCAGUUAAUUUUCAGAUUCAUUU